UUCCUAGCAUGUUUUCGACUGCAGAGGAGCACAGAAAGCUGUGAACAGUCAGUACAGAGGACUUUGGAGCUGUCAGAAAUUUAAAUCAUGGCGAUUAACGGAAGCAUUAGCUGGCGCUUGUUUUAUAGACUCAAUAGUUUUACACAUUUGAAACCUAUACAAUGCCUAAAUGCGCACUAUCAGCGACUGUAUUCCGGUGCGACGCAAAAGGAAAAUGAAUUUGAACUUAGAGACUCGACUUUAUCAGCUACCAACUUUUCUGCAUCGAGACAGGAGACGCUAGGAGACAGCAGCAUACUUCCCUUUUCAGCGUUUUUGACGGACAACUUUGGCCGGCAGCACAGCUACCUGAGAAUCUCCCUGACUGAGAAAUGCAACCUGCGCUGUCAGUACUGCAUGCCGGAGGAGGGGGUGAAGCUGACGCCCCGGGGCCAGCUGCUGUCCACCUCAGAGGUGCUGACUCUGGCUCGCCUCUUCGUCCGGGAGGGGGUGGAGAAAAUCCGCCUGACUGGAGGAGAGCCUCUCAUCAGACCUGAUGUGCUGGAAAUCAUCGCAGAACUGAGGAAGCUGGAGGGCCUGAGAACCAUCGCAGUGACCACCAACGGCAUGAACUUGGCCAAGCUUCUGCCUAAGCUUAAAGACGCCGGACUCGACCUGAUUAACAUCAGCCUGGAUUCGCUGGUCCCGGCUAAAUUUGAGUUUAUUGUAAGGCGGAAAGGGUUCCACAAGGUCAUGGAGGGUAUUGACAAGGCCAUCGAAAUGGGCUACAACCCUGUCAAGGUGAACUGUGUGGUCAUGCGAGGCCUGAACGAGGAUGAGCUGCUGGAUUUCGUGGCUCUGACGGAGAAGAAGCCUCUGGAGGUGCGCUUCAUUGAAUACAUGCCCUUCGACGGCAACAAGUGGAACUUUAAGAAGAUGGUUAGUUACCAGGAGAUGCUGGAUCGUAUCAGGCAGCAGUGGCCCGACCUAGAAAUGCUUCAAACUGGACAAACAGACACAGCCAAGACAUUUAAAGUGCCAGGCUUCAAAGGCCAGGUUGGAUUCAUCACCUCAAUGUCGGAGCAUUUCUGUGGCUCCUGCAACCGCUUACGCAUCACAGCAGACGGCAGCCUCAAGGUGUGUUUGUUUGGGAACUCUGAGGUGUCCUUGAGAGAUUUCUUGCGCUCAGGAUCAUCAGAGGAAGAGCUUCUGCACAUCAUCGGAGCAGCAGUGGGCAGGAAGAAGAAACAACAUGCAGGAAUGUUCAAUAUCUCCAAGAUGAAGAACCGGCCUAUGAUCCUCAUUGGUACCAGAUUCCAACCGCCUAUGUCACAAGACAACCAGAGAGAUUUCCCCAUUGUUUCCCAGCUUACAAACAACACAGUCCUCUCUGCAGACACAGCUCCUCACAUGUGCGCUUCAGGAGUCCCAGUGAGAGAAAUGGAUUUAUUGUGCCUUCCACACUGCACUCGUUCAAUACAAGGAGACUGUUUUUGCUCCUCUAGGACCCAAAUGAGUGGGGGAAUUCAUGCCUGGUCAGAAAUGAACAAAGAAACACCUAAUGUGACAGAAAACAUCCAAAGUGAAACACUUCUUCCCUCCUCUGAGAUUGCUGAUAGUCUCAAUUUCAGCAAGACUUCAAAUUCAACCUCCCACACAAAUAUCAGGAGAAGCAUUAAUGAGGACUGUCUCAGGUACGCAAUAGCCAGGAGUCCUAACGUUCUGAAGAAGAACGUACUCAGGACUCUAGGAACACCUGUUUUUUGCACACUAAUGAAUGCCAAAAUGAAUGUAAAGCACUACAAUGUUAGACUGUGCCAUAAUAAAAGCUCAAGUGAAGACCAUAGUCUUAAACUCAGAGAUCAGAGUAGGUCAAGCACAAGUGUCUCCAACACCCACCAGAUUGAAACCACUGAAGCCCAGCUGACGCACACAGACGCCCAGGGCCGUGCCUCCAUGGUGGAUGUAGGGGGGAAAAAUCCCACACGGCGAGCGGCCACAGCCAGGGCCACCGUCGUCCUGGGCCCCAUUGCAUUCCAGCUGCUGAGGGACAACCAGCUGGCCAAGGGUGAUGCCCUGGCCGUGGCACAGUUGUCUGGCAUCAUGGCUUCCAAGCAGACCUCAGCCCUCAUCCCACUCUGCCACCCGCUCCCCUUGGACCACGUCUCUGUCACCUUUCACCUGGAUGAGCUGCAGGACGCUGCGGUCAUCACAGCAACGUGUCGCACUACGGGAAGGACAGGGGUCGAGAUGGAGGCCUUGACAGCAGUUUCUGUUGCGGCAUUGACCGUCUACGACAUGUGCAAGGCCGUGAGCCAUGACAUCGUCAUCACAGAUGUCAAACUGGUCAGUAAGUCAGGCGGGAAGAGGGACUUCCAUCGUCACCCGCAGACCUUCCCCCUCAACAAUAAAUCCUCAUGAAGAAAACUGAGAAUCAAUGAUUUGUAAUCUGCAUGAAGAAGUGCACCUUUUUCACUUGAUUUGAUGUAUGUUCUACAAGCUGAAGGUAGCGAUCAGAAAGAAGAAAAUAUAUAAAGUUAUAGAAAAAAUGAAGAGACCACUGCAAAUAGUUCUUAAAUCAACAUCUCUAUAUGCAUAGAAGGCAUCCUUUUGUAGUGUCUGAUAAAAUUCAACGGAGGCACACCUCAUUAUACUAAUUGAGGAUUUGGUGAUCACCUCACAAGCCAUUCAAUAAAGCUGAGCUGCUUGAAUUUUUGCGUCAAGAGUGGUAUAAUGUCCCCCAACAGCAACGUGAAAGACUGUGUGGAGAGCAUGCCAUGACACAUGAAAGCUCUGGUGGGACGCUGGUUUAACUCGGUUGGUAGAGCAGGAGUCCCACAUACUGAGGCCUCAAAGCCUGUUUGACACCUGACCAUGACCAUUUGGUACACGUCAUUUCAUUCUCUGUCUCUUCUCAGCUUUCCCUGUCCAAUAAAGACAAAAAGGCUGAAAAAUAAUCUUAAAAAGAAAAAACAAAUCAGAAAUGGGUUGCACCAGUUGUGCAUAAAUCCAAGCAUAGGUUAGUUCCCACUGGAGAUUACAUCCCUCAGAAAUGAUUGUGAAGUGUUUUAAAGCCUUGUGCUGUAGUUGAUGAUUUGACCACUAGAUGUCACCAUUGUUUCUUUACACCAGCUGUACAUUAAGAAUGUAGUUUUUAGUUAGCUGUUAAAGCUGGCAGAAACAGAUAAAUGGGAACAGAGGAGUGUGUGUGUGUGUCUCUAAAAGACCUCUUCUCACCUGCUUCAUGUUGCUGUAAAAAACUUCACUACAUGUCUGAGCAUUUGACAUUUGGGGUUGACUCGACUGUAGGAAAUAUAACAGUAACUACUUUCAGCAUUCCCCUCCAAAUCUACGGCAUGAAAUGUUUAGACUUAUAGGCUAUACUUUACUUUGACCUCUUUAGUGCAAACUGGAAACAUGAUAGUGAGGUGACCGUUCUAUACCCAUUACUCUUUACAUAGUUGCAGAUAAAGAGUAUAAGAGUAGAGUAUUAGGGCCACUGAAACAUUUUUUGGGGGGUCCGUUUUUUUGUUUUUUUAGGUCUGACUGAGGAAAAAAAAUCAGAAUUCUGAGAUUAAAGUCCGAACCCUAAAAUGUAUUUUUCCGUGGCCCUACUCCUCUUCCGUACAAAUAACACAUAAACCUGUUCCCUGUCAAAGUUUUGUGUUUGUUAAUUUGCUUUUUGUGCUAGGAGAUAUUAAUAAAGUAAUUUCAUAAUUAU